GUGGAAUUAAAUAGGCGCGUAUCUCACGUGACCGCGUCAGACCAAUAGCGAGCCAACCUUUGUGCCCGCCGCCAAGCUCAUCUGGAAGUACAUUUGCACGAAACACCUCGUCUUUCCGAACUUGUGUGCGUGUUAAAAAGCCCUCCAGCAUUCAGAUUCGUACAAAAUACAAAAGUGCAAUAAUUUAUUAACUUGAGUAGCCACUCAAUUUGCUUUUCGUACGGGCGGAUUCCGAACAGGAGGCGCCGGAAAAUCGCCUUGACGAGGUCGCCAUUUUGGUAAACGGAUGUGGGGAGCGAAUGUGUGUCUAGGGUUUUCGCGAAAAUAAAGGGAUUUUUCGGGGGUUUUCCUAGACAUUUUCCAUACCUCCACGUCCCGAAGUUAUCGACGAUGACGCAACAAACAAAUACAACGAACUGGGUGAUACAAGGAUCGAAUGGUCAGCCACAAAUGAUCAAGUUGGUGCAGUCAGGUGGCAAAAGUGGUAUUAUGACUACCACUACCGUAGCUGGUCAGCCAGUAAAAAUUUUCAAACCGCCUACAAACACUCCAGAUUCUUCACAGAUGUACACUACUGGUACAACAGCACAAGUUUUAAGAACUAUUGGUACCCCUAAAAUAGUUACGAAAACCGUACCAAUACACGUUGGCAACAUAGCACGAAACACGAAAACGAUAAGGCUCACACCAUCUCAAAUGCAAAACAUCAAAUUCGUCACGCCAAACCAGAAGGUGCCAGUUCAGCAAACGUGUACCACGUCCACAGCUACCACUUCAGUGCCUAUAGUGCCCCAACAGGCAUCUCCAAAAAACGCUUCACCGCCUAUUUUGACCAGGAAGAGGCCCGAUACCACAGAAAUGGAUUAUGCUCCAGAAUCAAAAAGGAGUAGAAAACCAGAAAAGCUCGGUAAAGGUCUCAGGCAUUUUUCGAUGAAAGUUUGUGAAAAAGUGAAACAGAAAGGCACGACGACAUAUAAUGAAGUGGCAGAUGAGCUGGUUGGUGAAUUCACAAGUGCUUCCAGUAACAACAGUUUGGCUGAUCAGUAUGAUCAGAAGAAUAUCAGGAGAAGGGUUUAUGAUGCGCUUAAUGUACUCAUGGCGAUGAACAUAAUAUCAAAAGAGAAGAAAGAAAUAAAAUGGAUAGGCUUACCAACAAAUUCGUUGCAAGAAUGCAGCCAGUUGGAAAAAGAAAUGCAGAAAAAGAUUUCGGUGAUAAAGCAGAAAGAGCGACAAUUGGACGAUCUGAUUCUGAAUCAGAUUGCGUUUAAGAAUUUGGCGCAACGUAAUCGAGAAAUGGAAAGGCUUCAUGGACCUCCGCCACCUAACUCUUACAUACAGUUACCUUUCAUUGUUGUAAAUACCAACAAAAAGACCAUCAUCAACUGUAGUAUCUCAAACGACAAAAUGGAGUACCUGUUUCAGUUUAACGAUAAAUUCGAAAUAAACGAUGAUGUAGAAAUAUUGAAAGCCAUUGGAAUGUUAUCAGGAUUAGAUAAAGGAGAAUGUACUUCGGAGGAUUUAGAGAGACUUAAAACCUUGAUACCUGAAUCAUUGUGGCCAUACCUGCAUAAAAUCGCAAGUGGCCAAUCAACCCUGGAAACCAUCCUGGAAGUAGCAAAAGCUGGUAAUACUUCAAUUAUCACCGCCGACGACUACGUGGAAGCCACGCUGGACGAGGAAAACUCCCGCCAGUCGUCCAGUUUCGAUGCCAUGUCUCCCAGCGCGGUAGAAUACUCUGACGAAGACGUCGAUUCGGACAUGUCCAGUGACACGGAGCUCAACUAGUGACUCUUCUGUCUUUCACUUGGGGAUCUUCGCUCACUAGGAGAACCUACGUCAAUCGUCCAAAUUAGACGCCGUCACCAAGUGCGAUGGAAUACACUUUGACGAAGACGUCGAUUCGGACAUGUCCAGUGACAUGGAGCUCAACUAGUGAUACUUCUAUUUAUGUACUUUGGGAUCCUUGUUUAAUAGAGUGGUCGUUGAGAUGGCUUUGGUGUUUUGGUGGAGGUGUGACGGUAUAGUCUGUAAUACAGGCGCUGGGUGGAGCUUGUAUGCAAACCAUGUUUUAUUAAUGGAUAUUAGCUGAUGAAAGAAAGAAGAAAUUAUAAUCUAGAUCUUGCUGGUCGACAUCUAAGUACCUCCAUCUCCAGAAGACAAAAAAUGUGGAAGUGACCCUUUUGAUAAUUUCAAGAAGAAAACCCAUGACAUAUUAUGUUGUGACAUAUCUCCUGACAAAAACAUUUUUUAAAAUAUAAAAAUAUAGUUGGAGAACGAAAUAUUUUACGCAAGAACGAUGCGGUUCACCGUAUCGUCGGAGCUAAGCAGCGUCAGGUGCGGUUAGUACUUGGAAGGGUGACCGCGUAUGGGUACUUCUUUUUUGUUUUCAAUUUUCAAAAUCUUCAGUAAUGUGUGAUACACUUUUAACUUUUGUUACCACUAGUUCAGAUUUUUUAUCGAUAAUACAUACCUUUAAUACAAGGAUUGCUUGUAAUUCCUUGGGUAUUAAUUUAAUAUCUCAAUGAUUGCAUGCCCAUUUAUAAAAUUUAAUGAAAAUAAGACAUCUCAAGUGCCAUCCAUCUUUUACCGUAUAUUUGUAAUUAGUUAAAUAACCUCAUACAACUUGUCUAAGUUUUACGUCGAGACUUGGAAAAUGAUGGUUAUAUUCAACCCGACCCUUUAAGUAAGCCACACACUGUGAGACUUGCCUCGAGGUACGUCGCGAGGCGAGGUCUCAUGAUAUCGGCAGACGUCAGUCCCCAGUCACUCGUCACCCCACACCUUGAGACAGUAUCGCAGACGGUAUCACACAGUUCGCUAUUUUUUUGAGAGUGAAUAUAAAAUGGCCUUUCAUGAAUAUUCAAAAAAACAAAAAGUUGCACUUGGUGUUGCCAUUGGUUUGGUACUAUUCGAGGAAAAACAGGAAAAAAGAAAAUGGUCAAAGAAUUGGUUUCUUGAAAGGAAGAAGUUCUCUCACAUGCCACUUUUAAAAGAAUUGCAGCAAAAAGAACCCAAAGAUUUUUUGAACUAUUUGCGUAUGAACGAAAAACAAUUUAAUUUUCUUUUAAAUUUAAUCCGGCCAGACAUUGAAAAGAAAAAUACUGUAUUAAGAGAAGCGGUAUCAGCUGAAGAGCGAUUGGUCGUUACUCUUAGAUAUUUAGCUACUGGUCGAAAUUAUGAAGAUCUGAAAUUUUCCUGUGCUAUUUCUCCACAGUUACUGGGUGAAAUUAUUCCAGAAACUUGCUGGGCAAUAUACAACGCUUUAAAGGAAAAGUAUUUGAAGGUACGUUUUUAUAAUAUACUUUUUAUUAUUUUAAAUGCAAAACAUAUUAAACAUUAAACUUAGCUAAUGCUGUCAAAAAAUACUUAUAAUUCAGUAAACGAGUAGUAAUACAGUUAACGUAAUAUUCCAGUGGCAGAACUAGUCUUGGAAGUUUUCAUAAUAUGAAUAAAUAUCUCCCUGUGCAGUUGGUUGUUGAGGUUGCUGCUCAGAUUGCUGUACUGUAUAAGCUAUAUUGGAAAAAGUAUUACUCGGUUCCACAUGGGUGCGGGCCUGUCGUACUUCAAAGUUUUCAUUUAACUUAUUCAGUUUGCCGUAGUACAUUACAUCAUUUAUAAGCUUUUCUGCAAUUACUCUCUGAUUAGAUGUCAUUUGCUUUAAAUCAGAAGCAAAUUUUUUUCCUGCUAUGUCGCAGGGAUUUUCAGGUUCCGCACAUGUAGGGGGUUUAGACAAAGCCCUAUGAGCUAGUUCCACAAGUUCAUUUUUUUUCUCCUCCAUUCCUUUUUUUCUUUUUAAUAUUUUAGUUCCUAGUGUUGGAGUUGAUGUUGAAGCCGAUGAACUUGGCCUAGUAGUACUUGGUAAAGAUUCCGAGUGAGCAGGAGGAGAAAAAGCGUUAUCAUAACUGUCCUCAUCUCGAACAUUGUUUUGAUUCUAAAACAAAUAAUUAUUAUUAAUUCAAACAAUUUAAUACUACUUUUUUAUUACAGUUUCCAUCUUCCGAGGAAGAAUGGCGCGGGGUUGCAAAGGAGUUCGAAUGUUUGUGGCAAUUUCCCAAUUGCGUGGGUGCGAUCGAUGGAAAACACAUACAAAUAAAAAAACCUAGAAACAGUGGUUCAUAUUAUUAUAAUUAUAAAGGAAACUUUAGUGUUGUGCUAAUGGCAAUUGCAAAUGCAAAAUACGAAUUUAUAAUGGUUCAUUGUGGGACCAAUGGUAG